AUGGCUGCAGAUUCCGUCGGCACCGCGUCAUCGCCACCGCAGCUACCCCACCGCGACCCUUCCCGUGACUUCUCACACGAGGCGUCCUCCUCAUCCUCCUCGCGCGCCGCGGGGGCACAGCCGGUGUCGUGUGAUGGCCGCGCUGAGGAGGACGUGCUGGACAUUGACUCUCCGUGGGUCGCGGCGGCCGCGGCUGAUUCGAGGCUGGAGGAAGCCGCGGCUUGCCUUCAGCCUGAGAGCGAGGCGGACGAAGACGAGAUACGAAACAAUCAGGAGCGACAAGAGGACGAGCUGAUGGCAUUGGAAGCAAUAUAUGGGGAUGACCUCGUCGAAUUCAGAAGCAAAGCAGGGCUCCGCUAUUUCCAGAUCUGCAUACGUUACGAUCUUCAUGAUGACGCUCAAGUGUGUGCCAGGCUUUCUUCAGCUACUGAAAAAGCAAAAUAUGGAGGAUGUCCUGAUGAUGAUCAUGACACAAAAGAACAUGAUGCUGGGCCUGAUGAAUUCUCUUACACCUGCAACUUUGAGUACUUGCCUCCUUUGAUAUUGACAUGCCUACUUCCAAAAUCGUAUCCUAGCAAAGAGCCCCCGUAUUUUACUGUAACCGCUAAAUGGAUGGAUGGGCCUGAUGUUUCUCAACUCUGUGAGAUGCUUGAUACUAUCUGGGCAGAGCUGCCAGGGCAGGAAGUGAUAUAUCAAUGGGUCGAGUGGAUACGAAGUUCUUCCUUGUUAAAUCUCUGGUUUGAUGGCAAAAUAUUGUUAGGUCAAGACAUUCAGAGCAGGAGACACAACGGAGAUCGGCGUGCAAUCUCAAGAAGUAUCUCACUGGAGUCUGUGAUCCCUUCCAUGCUCAGCUACAGUAGUAAGAAACGUUACCAAGCUUUUCUUGAGGACCUCCAUAUGUGCAAGAUAUGCCUUAACCAGUGGAAAGGUUCAAACUUCAUCAAGCUUCCAUGCCAGCACUUGUAUUGUGUGAAGUGCAUGGAGACGUUAUGCAAGAUGCAUGUGAAGGAAGGCACUUUGUUUCAGUUAGUUUGCCCUGACACCAAGUGCAAUACUUCCAGUCCACACCAUCUGCUAAAGAGGCUUCUUAGCAAAGAAGAGUUUGAACGCUGGGAUAGGCUUGCUCUGGAGAAAGCGUUGGACUCAAUGGCAGACGUGGUUUACUGCCAAAAAUGUGUGGUUGGUUGCGUGGAAGAUGAGGAUAACAAUGCAGAAUGUCCGAAAUGUUCGUUUACCUUCUGCGGUUUUCGCAAGGAAUUAUGGCAUCCAGGGAAACAAUGUCUAACUCCAGAACAAAAGCUCCAACGUCGGAGGGGGUCAGGCAGAAUGACUGAGAGGGAGGUAGCGCAAGAACUAUCGAACAUCAGAGAGUUAUACAAAGAUGUUCGGGUAUGUCCGAAAUGCCGAAUUGCCAUCGCCAAAAGUGAAGGCUGCAACAAAAUGGUGUGUGGAAACUGUGGUCAGUUCUUUUGCUUCCGCUGCGGCAAGGCGAUCCGUGGCUACAGUCAUUUCACGAACUGUCGCCUCUUUGAGUCUCAUGACAUGACAGACUUGGAUAGACAAAUAGAUGAACUGCAAUUUGGAAACCAGAUGCGGAAUCAGUUGAAACCAGUAGGCGCUAUGGUGAGAUGUCCAAGGUGUCGUGAAAUGACUUUCAAGGACGAUGAGAAAUAUAUCUUCUGUAUGGUGUGCGCAGCAAGCUCUUGCACAAUGUGCAAACGGAUAAUCACGGAUAGGAGGAUGAAGAGCGGGCACUGGGGGUCGUCAGAAUGCUACUCCUUGUAG